GUUAUUUAUUUUCAAGAACUCUAUAAUUCCACUUGCCACAACCUCUGCUCUCUCUCUCUUCAAAAACCCAUCAUCUAUGGCUAUAACAUCCAUAACAGGAAACAGCAAAAUCUGUAAUAAUUUAAAUUCUUUUUGCUCUUUAUCUGUUACCAGCAUCAAAACCCAUGUCCCCAUUUAUUCUCUUUCCUUCAGACCUAAUUCUUAUGGCUACUGCAUCAAAUCCACAAGGCUGAGUUCUAAUUAUGGGAGGAGGAGAGCAUCAGAACAUGUGUUCCAGGUUCCAAUGGUUUCGUGUGUUGUGGAAGAUACUUCUGAAACACAACCAGUAUCUGGGAAUUCUUCUGCAUCAAGUGAUUCUUCAAAGGAAGCAGCUAUUAACUUGAAACUACCAAGAAGAAGUCUAUUAGUGACUUUCACAUGUAAUGCUUGCGGAGUUCGAUCACAAAGACUCAUAAACAGAUUAGCAUAUGAAAGAGGGACAGUGUUUAUACAGUGUUCAGGGUGCUCUCAGUAUCAUAAAUUUGUUGACAACCUUGGACUUGUGGUUGAGUACAAUUUCAAGGAUGAAAUUAAUAUGGAUCCAGAUGCUGAUCAAGAUUGACUGAAGCUUAUAGAUUAUAUACGUGUAGGAUCCAGCAAGAGAGUGAUAGUAUUGAUAGAGCCAUUUUGUAGGUGAGAGAAAGUCAAUUACAUUGAUGUAAAUGUCUUGACAAAAAGAAUAUUGAUGAGAUAAAAAAAUGACAAUCAUAUUCCACAUUA